CUCUCUGUCUGCCUCCCCAAGGAGCCUCCCCAAAUCCACCCAUCAGGGAAGAGGUUGUCCCGCCCACGGCAGGAUGGUGCCACCCCCUCCCACCAACAAGCCGCACGUAUGCUUGUCCACCAUUGUCAUCAUGAGCAGCAUGGCGCUCAUGGAUGCGUACCUCGUCGAGCAGAACCACGGCCCGCGAAAGAUCGGCAUCUGCAUCAUGGUGACCGUCGGUGACCUCUGCUUCCUCAUCGUGCUGCGAUACGUGGCGGUGUGGGUCGGGGCUGAGGUAAGGACGGCAAAACGAGGCUACGCCAUGAUACUUUGGUUCCUUUACAUUUUCGUCCUGGAGAUUAAGGUGUAUUUUGUAUACCAGAACUACAAGGCUGACCGUAAAAGCCUGGAUGCCUUGGCUCGGAAAGCUCUGACACUCCUGCUGUCCAUCAGUAUUCCCGUGCUGUUCGUGAUUCUGGUUGCUAUCGACCACAUGGAGUACGUGAAGGCUUUCAAGAAGAAGGAGGAGAUCAGAAACCGUUUGUUCUGGGUGGUGGUGGAUCUGUUGGAUGUUCUGGACAUCCAGGCCAACCUGUGGGAGCCACAAAAGAAAGGGCUUCCUCUCUGGGCAGAGGGACUGAUGUUUUUCUACUGUUAUAUUCUUCUUUUAGUGCUGCCCUGUGUGUCUCUGAGUGAGAUCAGCAUGCAAGGCAUCAACAUCAGUCCUCACAAGAUGAUGCUCUACCCCAUUCUGAGUUUGGUGACUAUUAACAUUGUCACUCUCUUCAUCCGUGGAGGGAAUAUGCUCCUCUAUAAGGACAACAGAGUGUCUGGGAUACUCAUGGCCAAGAACUUCCUAGCCAUCGUUCUGAAGACGUGCAGCUUUGUGCAGUAUAGGAGACAGUUGCAGAGCACCCCGCCUGGGUUUGGAGUGGAAUUACAGAAGAACUCUGUGGCGUCCGGUCGAUCCAUACAGACGCCUCCACAGGUAGCGCUGCAGGAGCAAAUGCCGCUGCCUGAGGUCACCACGUGUGAACAUACGUGA